AUGAUGAACUAUUUCACCAGCUUGUUUUCCACCUCCCCCAAACCGACAUAUCCUCGGAAUGACAGUUUCAACUACUCUCAACCGUCCACUCGACAAAACACUGGCUUUUCAUCAUCGGCGACUUCAUCGUCAGCAUACAGUCACAGUUAUGGGAAACAAGAGAUAUCCGGGCGGUUUAUCAACAAGCGAAAACUCCAGAAACUCUUGAAAGAUAGAUUUGGCAACGACUACCAACUGCAUAUGAUGUCGAACAAUUAUCGUCUAUACGCAAGAAGACCACUGAGUGAGGAAGAGAUUCUAAGCUGUUGCUGA